AUGAGCGAGGUCCACCUAGGAUGCCCACCUGGCAUCUCUGGGCCCCACAUUUCCCACUUCACCAUUUCUCUACCAAAUCAAACAUUUAGCGUGGACCCAGAUGGUGAUCUUGUUCUAACUAGGCGUAACAAACCAGCUUCCUGUAUUUACCGUGUGACCAUCCAGCAUAAUAUCACAUCAUCAAUUCCAAAUGUCGGUUUGCAGGUGUGGAGAGCAGAACUAGUGUUAUCUGAUUUUGUGCUGCAUAAGAUGUUUACUUCAGCUGAGUUUGAUGGAAUUGUAGCAUUAGAACUUGGUGCUGGAACAGGGUUGGUGGGUAUAUUACUUGCACGUGUUGCAAAAACGGUGUUUGUAACUGACCAUGGUGAUGAAAUCCUUAACAACUGUGCUGAGAAUGUUGACCUUAAUUCUGGACUGUUCAACUGUCAAGCAGCAGUUUAUGUGCACGAACUUGAAUGGAUGAGUCCGUGGCCCCCUAGAGUAGUAGGACCAGGAGAGUCUCCUCUGCAUAAAAGAAUUUCACUUUCAAUUACUUGGGAGCCUAAAUCAUUUUGUUUAUUUGUGUCAUUCUGGUACUCCUGGACCUUUUCUGAAGUUGAAGAAGUCCAAGGAGCUUCUUUGCUUGUGGCUGCUGACGUAAUUUAUAGUGAUGACUUGACUGAUGCAUUUUUCAAUGUUUUGGAGAAAUUUAUGUCCCUAGGUUCAGAGAAGGUGUUAUACUUGGCAUUGGAAAAGCGCUACAACUUCAGUGUCAAUGAUCUCGAUGUUGUUGCAAAUGGUUAUUCACACUUUCGUAGUUAUUUGAGGGAUGACAGCGAAUGCAAGGACAUCAAAAAUGGAUCUGUCCCUUGUUUUGUUGGAAAGCGCAUCGAUAUCACACAAAUUCAACAAUAUGUGAGGGAUUACGAUAGAGGAAAUGAUGUUGAGAUUUGGCGGAUUAAAUAUGAGAAAAAAAAAUCCCAAUGUAGAGACUCCUGUGACAAUGAGGCUAAAGUAAUGUAG